UUAUGGAGGAUUUCGUUGUUAUGAUUACAAAUAUAAGCAAGUCGUCAAGUGAACAAGAGUUGAGGCGGGAGUUGAUGAAAUCCUUAAACUUAAAUGAUUGUCAAUUCAAUUACUUUAUACCUCUGGAUGUAGAUAAUGUGGCUCAAGUUGUUCUUUACGACAAAAUUCAAUACGAGAGGAUAUUAUGUCUGAGUCCUGAUCAAUUAAAGGACGAUUUUAAAAAUAUUAAAAUUCAUCCAAAUCGUAAUCAAUCGCAAUCGUUGUCCACUGAACCAUUCCAUUUCCAAGAUAUGCCUUUGGAUAUUCUAUAUAACAUUUUUCAAUUAUGUGGUAUUAAGGAACAGUUGAACUUGGCCAGAACGUGUCAACAAUUUUAUGAAGCUGUCAAAGGAAUAUGGUGUAAAAAGUAUCGUUACUUCAUAUACAAUUAUCUGGAUUUUAAGUAUUCGAUGAAACUGGAUGAUAAAAUGGUCAAAGAUUUGUGCAUUUUAUGCGGUCGGCACGUUAAGGAGUUGCGUUUCAGUUCUUAUUUUAAUAUGGAUCUACUUAAAGAGAUUGAAUGGAAAAUGGGUGGUAAUCCAAUGGAAAAUUUAAAAUAUUUUAUUAAUCAUAACUUUGCUGAAAAUCUGAAGCACUUUGAAAACUUGCAAAUAUUGCGAGUGCAAGGAAAGUUCUUGCAAGAUAAAGUCAUCAGAGAGUUGAGUAAAUUUUGUAAACAAUUGAAAACUAUAGAACUUUUAGAUGGCGAUAGUCGUUGGCUGACCGGUCAGCAUCUAUGGCAAUUGGAGAAUUUACAAAAUUUACAAAUAAAAUCCUGCCGCAAUUUGGAAAUGGAUAACCUUUUGCUUUGCAGCAAACAUUGCCAUAUAGAGCAAUUAAAUAUCGUUGAAUGCGACUUAUUGAAGAGUGUACCAAAAAUGUUGGAUCUAAGUGCAAAUUUGCAGCAUCUAAAGUAUUUGAAUAUGACUGCGUUCACCUCUGAUUCGAAACUCUUGAAAGCGAUACUAAAUUUAUCUCAAUUGGAAAGAUUGAAAUUUUAUUGGAUUAAUUUCAUGCCUUUGCAAUUUGAGGAGAAUUAUUUCGCUGAACUUGAAGCGAAUCAUCAAAAAUGCAGCCACCUAACCGAGCUAACAUUUGAAAAUGAUCGAUUUUAUAUUGAAGACGAAUCCCUACAACAGUGGACACCGCACUCUUAUGCAACAAUGCGGGAAAAUGUUUGCAUUAAUGGGCAGGAAUGGCAAUGGUCGGAUGAAAUGUUUCAAAAGUUUUGCAAACAAUUGCAAAAAUUUAAGAAUUUGCAUGACAUACAAUUGAACUAUUGUCGCCUUUUCAAUUAUGAUCAAUUAAAGAAAUUACCUCUAGUCAGUAGCAGCAUAUGUGAGAUAACGAUUAAAGGAUGCUUGCAGCGAGAAGAUCAACAAUAUUUAAAGGAAUGGUUGCUUUCGCUGGACAAUAAAGCCCAUAAGUGUCAAUUGCGAUUUAAUAGCUUCCUAAGUUACGCGGAAGUGAUGCUACUUCGCCAGGAAGCUGAGGCUCGCCAUUUUUCUUCCUAUUAUCGCCGUGAACCUGUGCUACGCAGUAUUGAGUGUCAAUUUCAUUAAUACAAAAACAAGCAAAGCUUUGAAGCUCUCUUACAUUUCCUUGACUGUUACUCUCGUUCUUUCUCUCUUCAAAUACCGUUUAUCAGAUCUUGUCCGCUGU